AUAUGGUUUAAAUGGUUUGUACCAAUGCAUAGUUUAAAUUUUGGAACUGGUGGUGACGCUACUCAGCAUAUACUAUGGAGAAUGCAAAAUGGUGAAUUGAAUAACUUUAAACCCAAGGUAGUAGUACUUCUAGCUGGUACUAACAAUCAUGGUCACACGGCAGAACAAGUUACAGGUGGUAUAAAAGCUAUUGUUGAUACAAUAUCAGAAAAACAGCCUCAAGCCCAAAUAAUUGUCUUGUCUCUUCCUCCAAGAGGUCAAACCCAUAAUCCUUUGCGAGUCAAGAACCAAAAGGUCAAUGAAUCACUUCCUGCUGUUUUGAAGUCUGUUCCAAAUACCACUUUUCUUGACUGUGAUCCAGGAUUUGUUCAAGCGGAUGGAACUAUUGAUCACAAUGAUAUGUAUGAUUAUUUGCAUUUUACAAAAAGAGCUUAUGAAAAAUAUUGUACCCCGUUGUAUGAAGCCUUGACCAAUAUUCUUUUACCGUGAACAAACCCUUUAGGAUUAUGAAAAUAUCCACCGGAAUAAUGACCCUCAUCAACUUGGAUAUAAGCUGACUCCUUAGGCAUCUGAGAAAUAUCAGCUUGACUAUCAUCAUUUAUUUUCUCUCUCGGUAUUUCUGUCAGAUGCUUGAGGAAUUUGAUUACUUAAAAUAUAAUGUAUGUUUUGCAAGUUGUGAAAGCUGUUUCCUUAUUUUUACACCUCAUCUUUACUUCAAGGGCUUUAGGCUCCAUUUUAUCACAAUUUGUAAUUGUGUUUUAUCAUCGGUCAAUCACUGCUUAGUAUAUACCCAUGUAAUUCGUUUGGAGGUCAUAGGUCAAUCACUGCUUAGUAUAUAUAUCCAUGUAAUUCGUUUGGAGGUCAUAGGUCAAUCACUGCUUAGUAUAUACCCAUGUAAUUCGUUUGGAGGUCAUAGGUCAUCACUGCUUAGUAUAUUACCAUGUAAUUUGUUUGGAGGUCAUAGGUCGAUCACUGCUAGUAUGUUACCAUGUAAUUCGUUUGGAGGUCAUAGGUCAAUCACUGCUGAGUAUUCUAAUGUGUCCUGUCUGCAGGCUGUGUAUAUUUCACUUAUUGAAACAAUAUUGUAGCAAGUUUUUUGACAAUGAAAAAGUGUCUAUUUUGUUGACACGUUGAUACUUUGUUUAAUUUUUUUUUAAUAUUGACCAAAAACUAUUGUACUCAAAACCAGAUGGUUUGGGUUCAGAGGUCAGUUUUUUGAGGGUUAGAGGUCAAAAGUUAGAGGUCAGUUCUACUUCUGAGCUAUUUAUUUUGUACAUUCCUUCACAUCAUUAAUGUUUCAUUUUUCUUUAAUUGUUUUAUUUGGCUUAGUCGGGAAAAGU